AACAACAAACAGCUGAAUAUCGAUCCAUCUGUUUUUGAUUACCUUUGCCUGCGCUGUUGUUUCUGUGAUCGUCUCGUGCUGCCUGCAGUAUCCCACAAUCCUCUGCGCUCCAACAGUUGCCAGUCAUUGUGAAGUUAGCCCGAGGAGAAGAGACAGACACGAUGAAGGAGACAGCGGCCAAGAGGAGAGACAAGGCGGGAGGCCGGGACACCAAAGCCGAGAAGCCCAAGGGUCCGGAGCCGCAGGACGUGGAGAUGCCGGAGGAGGAGUUGACCGGCGCGGCCAAAGUCAAAGAGCAGGACAGCCUGACCCUGGAGGACAUCAAGGAGCAUGUGAAGCAGAUCGAGAAGGCGGUGUCGGGGAAGGAGCCUCGGUUCGUUCUACGUGCCCUGCGAGCGUUACCGUCAACCAGCCGCCGUCUCAACACCAACGUGGUGCAUAAAGCCGUGUGUGGCUUCUUCACCAACAACGCGGCCACCAGAGACUUCCUGCUGGGCUUCCUGGAGGAGCCGAUGGAGAUGGCGGACGGGGACGUCCAGUUUCGGCCGAGGACGGGUAAAGCAGCGUCUGCUUCGCUGCUGCCUGAGGUGGAGGCUUACCUGCAGCUGCUGCUGGUGGUUCAUCUGACCAAUAACAAGAGAUACAUGGAGGCUCAGAAAGUGUCGGACGACCUGCUGCAGAAGAUCGGCUCGAAGAACCGCAGAGCUCUUGAUCUGGUCGCUGCUAAGUGUUAUUAUUAUCAUGCCAGAGUGUACGAGUUCCUCAAGCAGUUUGACACCAUACGCAGUUUCCUCCACACUCGCCUGCGGACGGCGACUCUGCGCCACGACGCUGACGGUCAGGCCGUUCUCCUCAACCUGCUGCUGAGGAACUACCUGCACUUCAACCUGUACGACCAGGCCGAGAAACUUGUGUCCAAGUCUGUGUUUCCUGAACUCGCCAACAAUAACGAGUGGGCCCGAUACCUGUACUACACAGGUCGUAUUAAAGCGAUUCAGUUGGAGUACUCGGAGGCUCGCAGGACUUUGACCAACGCUCUGAGGAAAGCUCCACAACACACAGCAGUGGGAUUCAAACAGACGGUCCAUAAGCUGCUGAUCGUAGUGGAGCUGUUGUUGGGAGAGAUUCCUGACAGACUUCAGUUCAGACAACCUUCACUCAAAAGAUCACUGAUGCCGUACUUCCUGCUCACACAGGCUGUGAGAACAGGUAACCUGGCGAAGUUUAACCAGGCGUUGGAUCAGUUUGGGGAGAAGUUUCAGACGGACGGGACGUACACACUCAUCAUCCGCCUGAGACACAACGUCAUUAAGACCGGUGUACGUAUGAUCAGCUUGUCGUACUCUCGUAUCUCCCUGGCCGACAUUGCUCUGAAGCUGCAGCUCGACAGUCCUGAGGACGCAGAGUUCAUCGUCGCCAAGGCGAUCCGUGACGGAGUGAUCGAGGCGAGCAUCAACCACGAGAAAGGUUUUGUCCAAUCAAAAGAGACCAUGGACAUCUAUGGCACCAGAGAGCCUCAGCUGGCAUUUCACCAGAGAAUCUCCUUCUGUCUGGAUAUACACAACAUGUCUGUGAAGGCCAUGAGGUUUCCUCCCAAAGCUUACAACAAAGACCUGGAGUCAGCCGAGGAGCGUCGGGAACGUGAGCAGCAGGACCUGGAGUUUGCAAAAGAAAUGGCCGAGGACGAUGACGACAGUUUCCCGUGACCUUGUUGAACGGACUUCCUGUGCAGACAGGAAGAAUUUCUGUGUGUUGGCGGCACACUGAUGUUAGUAGAUCAUUUAUAACCCACAAUGCCCCUCUCCUGUCUUUUCUCUGUGGUGUGUAUUCUGCUGUAAUGCUUGAACUUUAACCUUUGGUUUUUUUCUCUCACUGAGAUGAAUAAAAGAAACUUUGAUUUCA